AAUGCCGGUUAUUGGCAUUUCUUUCCUCUCGAGCUGUCACGCUGACAGCUCGAGAGGAGAGCCAGGCACUGAUGAUCAGUGUAGCCCCAGCAGUGCCUUGUGUCAGUGUCCAUCAGUGCCUUGUGUCAGUGCUCAUCAGUGCAUUGUGCCAGUGCCCAUCAUUGCCACAUCAAUGCCACAUAUCAGUGCCUACCAGUGCACAUCACUGCCACAUAUCAGUGCCCAUCUGAGCUGCCUUUCAGUGUCACCUGUCAGUGCCAGUCAAUGCCACCUAUCAAUGCCAAUCAGUGCCACCUAUCAGUGCUGCCAGUCAGUGUCGCCUAUCACCCCGUCAGUGCCGCCUAUCAGUGCCAGUCAGUGUCACCUAACA